AUUCAUAAGGGCACCUUUACCAUGUUUAUGGAAAUGUGUAGAUGAGCUGUUUGGUCAGUUUAAUAAUUUUUUAAUAAACCGCUAAAAGCUUUCCAAACACAAUGAGGAGCUUGGAGCUAAUUUCUGUGGACUCUUUAAAAAUAGAUGUUGAUGAGAAGAUCAAAUGGUUUUGUGUUGACAGUUUAUCUCAAAAGGCAUUCUUUAGCACUAACAAUGAAGUUUUUUCAUUCCUGUUACAGCAGAAGAAAGUUGAAAACUCAGUCAAAAUUGAUCAACAAAAUGUUUUAUCAAUUGAGUACCUGAUGGAUGAUGAAACCAUAUCAAUUGCAUCAUCUAAUGGAGAUUUAUUUGAAUGGAGAAUGGUUGACCAAUCACUGGAGUGCGUUGGUACCAUGGAAUCUGGUAUAACAUGCAUGAAAUGGAGCCCAGAUCAAGAGAUAUUUGCACUAACUACAGGUGAUGAAAAGUUGGUAUUAAUGAGCCGAGAUCUGGAGCCGUUUUUCGAGACAGACCUCAAUCCAGAAGAAUUUGGUGAAGCACAGCUAAUAACGGUCGGUUGGGGAAGCAAGAAAACACAGUUUCAUGGGACAGAAGGAAAACCAACUGCAAUGGAUUUAAAACCCAAGGUGCCUGAUCCUGCGCUUCCAUGGGAUGACAAGAAAGUACGAAUAAGUUGGUGUGAUGAUGGUCAAUAUUUUGCAGUCUCCUCUGUGGAUCCUAUCACAGGCUCUCGUAAAGUUCGUGUCAGAUCACGUGAAGGAGCAUUGCAUUCAACCAACGAAGUUGUUCCAGGCUUAGAGCAUCCUCUUCAUUGGAGGCCAUGUGGAAAUCUAAUUGCAUCAUCACAGCGAAAGCCCAAUAAACAUGAUGUGAUAUUCUUUGAAAAGAAUGGUUUGAAGCAUGGAGAGUUCACACUUCCUUUCAAGCCAAAGGAAGCCAAAGUAAUUGAACUUUGUUGGAAUAAGACAUCAGAUAUUCUUGCUGUUUGGUUAGAGGAACUACAUUACGACCAAAACACCCCACAACCACAGCAGCUGUCUUACCUUCAGCUUUGGACCAGAAACAACUACCAUUGGUAUUUGAAGCAAGAGUAUCGAUUCAGUUCUAUGGGAAGAAGAAUUUCCAGCUUGAUUUGGGAUGCAGACUCUCCUUUGAAGCUUCAUGUAGUUUGUGAAGAUGGAUUUUAUUACCAGCUAACAUUGAGGUGGACAGUUUUGCAAAACAAAGACAGCUGUGUUGCUGUUAUCGAUGGCUCCAACCUGCUGUUGACUCCAUUUGCAACGGCUGUUGUUCCACCACCAAUGUCAUUAAUGAAGGCGACCUUUAAAGCACCUGUCAAUCAAGUUUGCUUUGGAAAGUCUCCAAACGAGGCCACUGUCUUUCUGUCGGAUGGAAGCACUCAUUGUAUUACUAUUCCAGUGUCAGAAACAGAGGAGCAGAUCGAUUCUAAAGCUAUUAAGAUUGUAAGGCAUGCAGAUGUAGCAAACAGUCUAGAGGACGAGUUAUCGGGUUAUUUGCAUGUCACUUCGUGGGUUGACGGAGGCUAUGUAGCAGUAUGUCGUAUGAAGAAUCAGAAACAGGCAUUGUGCCAUGUAGCAAAUGAUGAUGAUACUGCACAGGCAUUUGUUAUCAGGAAAGUUAUUCCGAUGGACCUUGAAGUGCUGGCAGUUGCCGUUGGGAAAGACUGUGCUGCGGUCGAAAUGCAGGAUGGGACAGUCUUCUCGUGCGAAAGAGAUGACGGAUCCUUUGCUAUCAAGCCGUGGGUAACGCCUUUUGGCUCAUCGCUUUGUUUUCCAGUCCCCUGUGACUAUAUUGCCGUUUGUAAAGUAAAUCACGAGGAUAUUGUGAUUGGAAUGACAAAUCACUAUCGCCUUUACGUUAAUGAAAAACAGGUUGCUGAUAAUUGCACGUCUUUUUCGAUUCAUGACGAGUACUUGGCGUACACGACCCACAACCACCUUCUCAGAUGCCUGCGACUCGACAGCAUUCUCAAAUUUGUGAACUCCAGUGACAAGGAGCAGCUUCAAGGAGAGGAUUUCAGCAGGAGUCUUGAACGUGGAUCAAGGAUAAUUUCUGCAGUUUUUAACGACACCAAAGUGGUUUUACAGAUGCCUAGAGGUAAUCUAGAGACGAUCCAUCCACGAGCUUUGGUUAUAUCAUUUCUAAAGAAACAGCUUGAUAAGCUACUUUACAGAGAAGCAUUACUACUAAUGAAAAGGCAUCGAAUAAACUUAAAUCUGAUAUACGAUCAUAACCCAAAGCUUUUUCUAGAUAAUGUCGAUACAUUUAUUACAAAUGUUAAAUCAGAAAAUGAUAUAAACCUUUUCCUCGCAGAACUCGGAAAGGAAGAUGUAACGCAGUCUCUCUAUGCUACGUCCUACCACGUGACAACAAAGAAUGCUACUGAAAAUAUCAACAAGGUCGAUGUUAUUUGCUCUGCAGUUCGUAAUGCGAUUGUGAAAAUUGGUGUGAAAAGCUUCUUUUUGUCCUAUCUUACCACGUAUGCAAAGGAAUCAAAACCUGGUCUGGGUGUAGUGUUAUCAUAUAUAAAGUCGCUAAAAGAUAAAAAGAUAGAGGCUGAUGUAACGCACGAGAGAGCCCUCAGACACAUUCUGUAUUUCGCUGAUGUCAACGAGUUAUAUGACGUCGCUCUUGGGCUGUACGACUUUGAGAUUGUGCUCAUGGUGGCGGAAAAAUCAAAUAAGGAUCCGAAGGAAUAUCUGCCUUUCCUAAACGAGUUGAAGAAAUACGAAAAGUUCUAUUGUCAGUUCAAAAUAGACUGUCACCUCAAACGCUACACCAAGGCUCUAGGCAACAUUCACGCUUGCGGCCCGUCUCGUUUUGAAGAAUUUCUCGACUUCACAGCCAAGCACAAUCUCUACAAAGAUGCACUGCUUUUUUGCAGGGAAGAUCCGUUUAGUUUCAAGGAAGUUAGUGCCGUUUAUGGUUCGUAUCUUGUGCAGAAGAAGCGUUACAACGAGGCUGGGAUAGUUUAUUCUCGAGUUUCAUUGCACGAAGAGGCAAAGGAUUCGUUUGUCAAAAGCCACAACUGGAAAUUAGCAAUUGCUGAAGCAGAAAUGUUGAAUUACUCCAAUGAUGCUUUAGUUCAGUUUGCAGUCAGUCUUGCAGGUGAAAUGCAAGAAUUGAAGAAUUGGAAGGAGAGCGGAAACAUUCUUGAAUUAUAUACAGAAGAUUAUGAGUCUGCAAUAUCUGCUUAUCUCAGUGGCAACAUGUGGCAGGAUGCGCUUAGAGUGAUAUACAAAGCAAGAAGGAAAGACAUCAUUGAAACCAAUUUCAAGACAGCAUUAGAAGAAGCUUACAAGCAUCAACUAGAAGUUAUUCAUACUGCCAAGGAGAAUUUCAUUAAAUAUAAAGAAAGGCUUGCCGUUGUUCGGGCGUUGAAGGAAAAACAACAUCAAGAAGUUGCAGAUGGACUAAGGGAAGAAGUUGAGAACGAUUUAUUUUCUGAAGCAAGUAGUGUAACAGGCCAGUCAGACAUUUCAGCAACCUCCAAAGGAUCGAGAGCUUCUGGCCAUUCUUCAAAAUCACGUCGAAAAUACCAACGCAAAAAAUACAGCUUGAAGGAAGGGAGCAAGUUUGAAGAUUUUGCUUUGGUUGAGGCAUUGGCAGAAAUAGUAAACACGGUGGACCAUUUACAAGAAGGGACUGCUUCUCUCCUGGAAAUGUUGACACUGUUUAUGCGCGAUGGUGAUGCUGCUUCAUUGCAAGCUGCAUAUGACACAAUAUUCUCACUGAUUAAACGUAGUAUGAAGGAAAUCUGGUCUCCAUCUCAGUCCCAAGAGGCCAUUGUACCAUUUGGUACUGGCCCUGAUUCUACCGUCAAUAGUAUAAUUGCUGGAAUGAAAACACCAAAGCAACUCGAACAAAAUUCGGCAGCUGGCUUACCAGAACCCACUCGGCCUGUUCUUCGGGAAAACGUCACAUGGAAACUUGAAAUGCUGUAGACUUUAAUAAGCCAACGCAACACUUUAGCGAAUUCAUAUGUGAUAAAUUAUGCAAUGUGGUAUAACAGUGAAUCGUCAAACCGAAUUAUGCGUCGUCUGACACCUAGUGACACGGCUAACGAGAACAUUAGGGUUGGCAACACCAAAUUAUCUUGCCAUCUGUUCUACCUUGGCUGUAUAUCUGAUGAGAGUUUUGCAAAUGAAAACGGAUCGGCACUGAAGUUUUUUUUCGUUAGAAGUCUUUGAUUAGAAAUGUUUCAUGCAAUACUUUAUUAAUCCCCUCAGUGUGCAAUAAGCGUUUCAGCAUUUUCCUGCCGUAUUGAAGUUUUCAGUACGAGAUACAGGUUUGCUGGGGUGGAAUAAAGCUUCACCGCCCUUUUUUAUUGUUCUCAUUCAUACAAGGUUUUGGAUUGCCUCUACCUUUGACCAACGUGAGUCUAUUCAUUCAGUUAUC